AUGAAACUUUCGAAAUUAUCAAUCUUAACAUCUGCUUUGGCCACGUCCGCCUUUGCCGCUCCUGCUGUUGUUACUGUCACUGAACAUGCCCAUGAUGCUGCUGUCGUUACUGUGAGAGGCGUGGUUUACGUCGAGAACGGACAGAUUCGCACCACUUACGAAACCUUAGCUCCUGUUUCCACUGCGAAACCAACAUCUACGGCAAUUGCUCUGGUAGCUCCUCCUAUCGCUUCUGCUUCUAGUGGUUCUAACGCGGCCUCAUCUGUUUUGCAGGACCUAGCUCAAGUUGAGGGUAAGAGUACCGAUUCAGCUACCACGUUGGUACCAUCUCAAUCUACAUCGAAAUCGCAGCCUAAAACUACUACCGCUUCUGCACCCACCUCCUCCAAAGCUGCGGCAACCACAACCACCUCUCAAGCCGCUUCCACCACCUCCGCAUCUUCUUCAAAUGCUGACUUGUCAGAUUUUGCCUCUUCUGUGUUGGCUGAACACAACAAGAAGAGAGCAUUGCACAAAGAUACCCCAGCUUUGUCCUGGUCUGAAACUCUGGCCACCUACGCACAAGAUUACGCUGACAACUAUGACUGCUCAGGAACUUUGACCCAUUCUGGUGGCCCAUACGGUGAAAACUUAGCUUUAGGUUAUGAUGGUCCAGGUGCCGUUGAUGCUUGGUAUAAUGAAAUUUCCAACUACGAUUUCUCGAACCCAGGGUUCUCAGGCAACACCGGCCACUUUAGUCAAGUCGUUUGGAAGUCCACUACUCAAGUUGGUUGUGGGAUCAAAACCUGUGGUGGUGCAUGGGGUGACUACGUUAUUUGUAGCUAUGACCCUGCAGGAAACUACGAAGGCGAAUACGCCGAUAAUGUUGAGCCUCUAGCUUAA